CUUCACAGCUGGGUUUCUUCUAAUGGCGGAACCAAUUCCUUCAUCACCGAAAUCUCUUCAAUCUCCUAAUCCUAUGGAACCUUCUCCUGCAUCUUCUGCUCCUUUACCUUCAUCAUCAUCGCAACAACAACAACAACAACUCAUGACAGCUCCGGUUUCCAAUUCUGUUAAUUCCGCUGCGUCUCCGGCUAUGACUGUAACUACCACCGAAGGUGUUGUAAUUCAGAACAAUUCGCAAUCCUCUCCCAACCCUACUUCGAACCCAGCCGUCGGAGCUCAGAUCCCGUCGCCUUCUCCUCUCUCUCAUCCUUUGGAUCAGCAAACACAGACUCACCAACUCGUUCAACAAACUCAGCAAUUGCCUCAACAACAACAACAACAACAGAUUAUGCACCAAAUCUCUUCAUCUCCGAUUCCGCAAUUAUCGCAGCAACAGCAACAGAUUCUCCAGCAACAACAACACAUGACUUCCCAGCAAAUUCCAAUGUCCAAUUACCAAAUACCUCAAUCUCUUCAGCGAUCUCCUUCUAUCUCUCGCCUGAGCCAAAUUCAGCAACAACAACAGCAGCAGCAGCAACAUCAAGGUCAAUACGGCAACGUUUUGAGACAGCAAGCUGGAUUGUACGGAACCAUGAACUUUGGUGGCUCAGGUUCAGUUCAACAGAGCCAGCAGAAUCAGCAGAUGGUCAACCCUAAUAUGUCCAGAGCAGCUUUAGUUGGCCAAAGCGGUCACUUGCCAAUGCUUAACGGCGCAGCUGGAUCAGCUCAGAUGAAUAUUCAGCCCCAAUUAUUGGCAGCUUCGCCGAGGCAGAAAUCUGGCCUGGUUCAAGGUUCGCAGUUUCAUCCGGGAAGUUCUGGACAACAGUUACAAGGGAUGCAAGCAAUGGGAAUGAUGGGAUCACUCAAUUUGACCUCGCAGAUGAGAGGCAACCCUGCUCUCUAUGCGCAGCAGCGAAUCAACCCGGGCCAGAUGAGACAGCAAUUGUCACAGCAAAACGCUCUUACUUCACCUCAGGUCCAGAACCUCCAGAGAACAUCUUCUCUCGCAUUUAUGAAUCCUCAGCUAUCGAGUUUGGCCCAGAAUGGACAAGCUGGCAUGAUGCAAAACUCCUUGUCACAGCAGCAAUGGCUGAAGCAAAUGUCGGGAAUAACGAGCCCCAAUUCAUUCCGACUCCAACCGAGUCAAAGGCAGGCUCUACUCUUACAGCAGCAGCAACAACAACUGCCCUCUCCUCAGUUACAUCAAUCUUCUAUGUCCUUGAAUCAGCAGCAGUUAUCACAGAUAAUACAACAGCAGCAGCAGCAACAAUCACAAUUAGGCCAGUCGCAGAUGAACCAUUCCCAUUCCCAACAACAACUACAACAGAUGCAGCAACAACUACAGCAGCAACCACAACAGCAGAUGCAGCAGCAACAACAACAACAGCAAAUGCAGAUUAAUCAACAACAGCCAUCUCCAAGGAUGUCGAGUCAUGCAGGACAAAAAUCUGUCAGUUUAACGGGUUCACAACCAGAUGCUACACAAUCGGGUACAACAACACCUGGUGGUAGCUCAAGCCAAGGAACAGAAGCAACAAACCAACUCCUUGGUAAAAGGAAGAUACAGGAUCUGGUUUCGCAGGUGGAUGUACAUGCUAGAUUGGAUCCUGAUGUUGAAGACCUCCUUUUGGAGGUGGCAGAUGACUUCAUUGAUUCGGUGACAUCUUUUGCAUGUAGCUUGGCUAAGCAUCGUAAAUCAUCCGUAUUGGAGCCCAAGGAUAUAUUACUCCACCUAGAGAAAAACUUGCACUUGACAAUUCCUGGAUUCUCAAGUGACGAUAAACGCCAAACAAAAACUGUACCAACUGAUCUUCACAAGAAGCGACUUGCAAUGGUGCGUGCAUUACUAGAAUCCUCAAAAGCAGAGACGAAUGCAAGCAAUUCCAAGGAAACUAUGAGACAAGUGAUGGUGAACCCAAAUGGUCCAAAUCAUCUCUUAAGACCAUCCCCAAGUUCAGAACAACUGAUUUCGCAAACAUCCGGUCCUCACAUAUUACAACAUAUGACACGAUACUAAAGGACUUGAAUAUAAAAGCCUGAGCCAGCUCUCACUGCUAUGUUCAUCUUCUUGGUUUCAGGAGUUUACACAUCUACGGAGAGUGAAGGCACAAGGAGUCAAAGUGUAUGUAUUAUAUAUAUAUAAUUCAUGAGUCUUAUAGGCAAUCAAAUAAUACAGUUAUUUUUUUCAU